UCGGUCAGGGAGUUUAUGUCAGGCAAGAACUUUUUGGGAACAUUGAGUCUCCAAUGAGCGUGGCGGCAUGUGGGUAACUAAUCCCUCGCCGCCCCGUGUGCGCCCUGGGGAGAGGCUGCUCAGCUCUGCGCCAGCUCCGCUGCAGCUCCCGGCCCUGCCCGGCUCCCCUCCGCCUGUCUUUUUGGGAUCUCGAGGUGCUGGCGAUGGCGACGAUGACGAUGCAGCUGGGCGGGCUGGUGCUGGCCGUGUUGGGCUGGCUGGGCUCCAUCCUCACCUGUGCCCUGCCCAUGUGGAAGGUGACGGCCUUCAUCGGCUACAACAUCGUGGUGGCCCAGGUCUUCUGGGAAGGGCUGUGGAUGAACUGUGUGUAUGAGAGCACGGGGCAGAUGCAGUGCAAGGUCUAUGACUCCCUGCUGGACCUCACCUCCGACCUGCAAGCUGCCCGUGCCCUGGUGGUCACCUCCAUCAUCGUGGCCUUCUUCGCCCUCCUCACCGCCAUCUCGGGUGCCGACUGCACCCGCUGUGUGGAGGACAAGAACUCCAAGACGCGCGUCUCCAUCGUGGCAGGUGCCAUCUUUGUCCUGGCUGGCAUCGUGCUGCUCAUCCCCGUGUCCUGGUCCGCCAACAGCAUCGUCACCAACUUCUACAACCCUAUGGUGCCCGAGGCCCUGAAGAGAGAGCUGGGGGCUGCCCUCUACAUCGGCUGGGCCUCCAGUGCCCUCCAGCUCUUCGGCGGGGGCAUCCUGUGCUGCUCAGGGCCCCCAUCCCAGCGGGAUCACUACCCCAGGAAGUACCGAGCGGUGAAGAGCUGCAGCCCCAUGGGCUACCCCAUGAAAGACUAUGUGUGAGCUGCCCAUCCUGGGGACAGGCCCAUGGUGCCCAGCCUGUCCAGAUCCAGCACCCCCUGCCCACACGCCCCAUUCCCACAACAGCUGAGUCCCCAUCCCGGCCCCCCGGCGCUUUGCCCUGUCUGCAGGCUGUGACAAUGUGUGGCCCCGUCCCGCUGCCAGCCCUGCUCCCCUUGGGUGAGGGGACGGAUCCUGCCCACCGCCCCCAGGAUGCAGGCAGGGGCUGUGUUCGUGCUGGGUGCUGCCGCCGGCUCCCAGCCCCCAUAAAGUUCUCGGUGCCACCGAAGCUGCCUGGGCUCAUUUCUAAGCUGCGUUGCGGGGGGAUGGUGACAAUUCCUGUGGCUCUCACACCCCUGUGGCCAGCUCGGGGAGGGGCUGUCCUGACCCCUGUCCUGUCCCCACAUCCCCAUGAGGAUGCAGCAGUUGCCAGCCAGGGUGCUCCCCAUGCAGGA